GUCCUGCAGACUGGUGGAAGAGCAUGAAGCAGCUGCUGCCGUCCAAGAUGGUGGACACAGAGGACUCGGUUCGCUACAGCACGCCUGAGGUCGGGCAGCUGACGGGACGCAGCGCCGUACCCAGACUGCAUGCAGAAUAUGCCCAACCACUGGUGAGUGGUGUGGCAACAUUAGGUGCACGUUCGACCUUUAAACCAGACGAAGGGCCUGAACCAGGGUACUUGGAUCAAGGCCUUUAUGACGCACCCAUCCCACCGGAUGUUUACCACCCCUACGCAGAACCGCUGCCAACAUCAGGAUCCGAAUACGCGACUCCGAUCAUGGUGGACAUGGGCUGCCACCUGCCCUCCGCAGUACCUAAUUUUGUGGGCUCUGGGCCUACCUCACUGCUCACAUGGACAGACAGCAGCCAGUCUGGCGGGUCGGCGUACGACACACCUAAAAAUGCCAAUGGACAGACCACACCCAUUCCAGAUCUGAUCUAUCAGGUUCCUCAGAGAAAAACUCAAAAGCCAACGGAGUAGAGCUGAAGAAUCCAGAUGAGCCCAGAGUGGGGGUGAAAAAAAAAUCAAGCUGGGAGGGUUUCUGAACUUGGCUUUGAGUGAACACUACCUUUAGCUUUAGAUUCAGCUGGAGAUGUCUGUAUUUCCUGAACUGUUCUGCAAGGCCACAGAUUGCUUGUGUGCCGCCUUUAGAGUCCUACCACUGAAACUACGAUGAAUGUGUUGGUGAAAAGAAAGGAGGGAGCUGACUACUGUUUGAUAAAACCUUUGUCCCCGUUUGUGAUGUCCAUCUGUGCUCUUCUGAAGCUGUGAUUUCCACCCUGGACCCUCCCUUUCAGAUGUUUUAUCCUAAUCAAUCACUGCAUGUUUUAUGAAGUCUCUUACAUUCAAAUCUUCCUCUAAGAA